GAUUGGUUGGCGGGCUGGCGGGCUGGCGCAGGGGGUUGUGGGUAGUGAUGGGAGGGGGAAGCUAUGGCGGAUGUGGAGGCGCCGGAGAAGAAAAGAAGGAAAGUAGAAGAGCACUCUGACAAAAUGUCUGUUGAUGGUGGGUAUGGAGACACUGGAGACUGGGAAGGUCGCUGGAGCCACGUGAAGACGUUUCUGGAACGUUCAGGACCAUUCACACACCCUGAUUUUGAACCGAGCACUGAAUUACUCCAAUUUCUACUGGAGACCUGUAAAGUUCUGAUUAUUGGAGCAGGUGGUUUGGGAUGUGAACUCCUUAAAGAUCUGGCUUUAACAGGCUUCAGGCAAAUUGAUAUCAUUGAUAUGGAUACAAUAGAUGUUUCUAAUCUGAAUAGGCAAUUUUUAUUUAGAUCAAAAGAUGUAGGAAGGCCAAAAGCAGAAGUAGCUGCAGACUUCAUCAAUAGUCGAAUUCCGGGCUGCAAUGUAGUUCCACAUUUCAAAAAGAUCCAAGAUUUCAGUGAUACCUUCUACAGGCAAUUUCACAUAGUUGUCUGUGGAUUGGAUUCUAUCAUUGCACGAAGAUGGAUUAAUGGAAUGCUGAUAUCCCUUUUGAAUUUUGAGGAGUCAACACUUGACCCAAGUUCCAUUAUCCCGCUGAUUGAUGGUGGGACAGAAGGGUUUAAGGGCAAUUCCCGUGUUAUCCUGCCUGGAAUGACGGCAUGUAUAGAGUGUACCCUGGAACUCUACCCUCCCCAGAUUAACUUUCCUAUGUGUACAAUUGCAUCUAUGCCCAGGCUUCCUGAACACUGUAUUGAAUAUGCCAGGAUAUUGCAGUGGCCCAAAGAAAAUCCAUUUGGUGAGGGCAUUGCGCUGGACGGAGAUGAUCCAGAGCAUAUUCAGUGGGUUUUUCAGAAAUCGCUUGAAAGAGCAGCUCAGUUCAACAUUACUGGUAUCACAUAUAGACUGACACAAGGUGUUGUAAAGAGAAUUAUUCCCGCAGUAGCGUCUACCAAUGCAGUGAUUGCAGCAACAUGUGCCACUGAAGUGUUCAAAAUUGCUUCAAGUGCGUACAUUCCUCUGAAUAACUACUUGGUGUUCAAUGACGUUGAUGGAUUAUACACUUAUACGUUUGAGGCAGAGCGCAAGGAAAACUGCCCUGCUUGCAGCCAAGUCCCUCAAGAACUACAGUUUUCACCCUCUGCUAAACUUCAGGAGAUUAUUGAUUACUUGACGCAAAGUGCUUCACUGCAGAUGAAAUCCCCAGCUAUCACUGCAACUUUGGAUGGAAAAAACAAAACACUUUAUUUACAGACUGUUGCAUCAAUUGAAGAAAGAACAAGACCAAAUCUUUCAAAAACCCUGAAAGAGCUGGGACUUGCAAAUGGACAGGAACUGGCAGUGGCUGAUAUCACAACGCCCCAGACUGUGCUUUUCAAACUCCAAUUCACUUCUUGACAGAUCUACAUACAUUUUUAAUAGUUAAACCAUAUAAGAAGUUGAAGUAGGCAAAAACAAUCUGUUUAUCGUCAAUUUACUGACUUUUUUAAAUACGCUUAGGUUAUUUUGAGGGAUUCUCCCCAGCUUCUGUCUCAAUGCCAUCGGCAUGCUAGGCUGUGGUUCCACAGGAGCAGAUGUCCUGUGAGAGCCUAGACAUUGAGUGUGUUGGCAGUCUGUCUGUUUAUCCACACAAAAGCACUUUUAAGCAGCAGUCACGAGAAAGCAAUUGGAAAUUGGCUAAAUUUGUUGGCUUCCCUAAGCCAAUUGUAGCAUGCUAUCUGCUGCCCCAGCCAAGAUCAGCCAACUGCACACAGAUCAGAACUGAAGCCUACAACCUUGUGAUCUGUAUGACUUGGUGUUUCACCAGUGACAGUCCAUUUACCCACUCAGUCAUGGGCAGAGAACAACCCAUUUAUCUUUUAACUGACUUGUAUUUGAAGUUGGAUAUAUUUACUGGUGGCACAUGACACCUCAAAUGGUUGAAGAUCUACUAUGUGCAGUAUAUUGUUUCAAAUGAUUUGUCAACUGAAUCACCCAAUGGUAUUAGAAAGGAACUUGCAUAUAGAACGCGGUGGCACUUGGCAUGCAAGUCAGAGUACUUUUUGUUACUUAUUUUGUGCACUGUAACCUAGUGAAAAUUGUGAGAUUGUAAAGUUUGUUUACAGUACAAAAGCAAUUGAUUGUUUCAUACACUGUACAGACUUUAUUUUGCUGAAUGAAAAUUCAGUUGGACUUUUUUUCCCCCCCGAUGGAAGAAUUUCACAUCCUGUGUAUUUAAUAACAUUGAAGGUUUUAUGUAUUUAUUGACGUGGAAUAUUAGCUCCAGCAAAUAUCUGACAUAGUAAAGCUCACACUGUAGACUUUAACACUUUUAAAAAAAAGGGCAUUUGGCAAGUGUUAAACACUCACCUGUAUUUCACAGCAGAAAAUCAUAUGACCAUUUUUUAAAAAGCUGUCCAAUGUUAAACCUUGUUUUGGUAAACAUCUUUGCUGUGAUGUGUUGUGGAAAUUCAAAAGCUGAUAAAGCAGAGAAUGUUAAUUCUACUAAAUUUCUAACCUGUUUUUGUUUUAAACAUUUCCCAAAACAACAAUAAAUAAGUGUGCAAUAAAUGAAAAAUAUUCAGUUUAGGUGCUCCAAUUCUAAUGCAGCCUUGAAAGUUUAACAUUUAAAAAGUGGAAAUCUGGAUUGAACUCUAGAUCAAGUAUUUCCAACUCAUUUUACACUUUGCAAAUUGUAGAGAGCAAACCGAGGGAGCGAAGAGGUUGAAAAUAAGCAGAGAGAGAGCAAUUGAAUUUGAAAACUUGUGGAAGGAAAUGGAAAUGAAAAUUAUACUCCAAAUGUAUAUUCUGGGGAGCACCACUUGUGACAGGAGGGCUCUAAGUACAAAUCAUAGUGAUUUGAAAUCCUCUGAGGGGAAGAAAGGAAGGGAUAAAUUACCAGGAUAUCCCUGCGAUUGAACUGACUCCUGGUAAAGAUGGGCAUGUACAAUAAAUAAGGCAUUGUUGAUGGUUGACUUGUAAGUGUAGAUAUGUUCUAAACGGCUCAAGCUGGAGAAGUACUGUGACGCCCCCAGUGUAGUAUGUUUUAUUAGUCAGCUAGCUGCACAGUUACAAUCUUUUUAUGGGUGAUGGGGGCGGGGAGAUAAAGUACUCUGUAUGCUUGUGAUAAUGUUGGACAGCUCUUUAUAAAAUGUGCCAAUCUUGGUUAUUUUUUGUAGAUCUGCAAAAGUGCUGCAGUAUUCUUACGUUCUGACCAGGGACAUGCAGAGUUUUGUGUGAUGGGAGUUUUGACUGAAGCAUUAUUAACAUUAAAAUGAAAGUCAAAGCAA